UAGAAGAACAUGAGUGAUAAGGUUGAGUCUAGUGUUUCAAAUGAUAUUCCUCAAGACAUACUUCUACAGAUAUUUUACAGACUACCUGUUAAGUCUUUGGGUAGAUUUAGUUGUGUAUCUAAGUUAUGGUGUUACUUAAUUAACAACCAUCAGGAGCAAUUUCACAAAUUUCACAUGGUUGAAUCUCAAAAGAAGCCAGAUAUCAUAUUUGAUUUCGGAAAUAUUUACAGUUAUAAUAGAUUCUACAUUGUGGAGAAGCAAGAAAAAGGCAGUAAUAAAAAUAGGAAGCUCUUUGCUUACAAAGACGAGAGAGGCUAUUUGGGUCUCCACCAAAUACAUGGGUAUUGUAAUGGUUUAGCUUGUUAUUGGAAUGGUGUCGGUUUGUCCGAAGUAUCUUGUAAUGGUGAAUUGGUUUAUUAUUUCUCUUUUGCAGUUUGUAGCCCCAGUAGGGUUGAGAAUCUAGUUACUUUCUCCCGUUUGAAGAUUAGGGAGGAUGAACUUAUCUACGGAUUUAGAUUUGGAUACGAUCUCGUGAGCAACAAAUAUAAGGUGAUUUGUAUAAUGAGAUAUAUUGAAUAUGAAUAUUACAUCUAUACACUAUGUAGUGCUAAACCAUGGAGAAAGAUUAGUAACCACUGGCCGAAACAGCAUCCAAUGGGUAAUUGUGAUUUUGAUAGUAAAAAAAGGGUACCACCAAUUUCUUGUAAUGGAAAUAUCUUCUACGAGCCGGUAAAAAAUGAACAAGAAACAGAAAAAUAUAAACGUAGAGCUUUGGUAGCAUUGGAUCUCCAUGAUGAGAAGAUUCAAAUAAUUAAACUUCCAUGUGACGAUGAAUUUGUUUCAAAUUAUAAUAAUGGUUACUAUUCUCCCUCGGCGUACAAAGGAUGUUUAUGUUAUUCAAGAAUAAAGAAAUCUCUUUCUAAUAAAUUAAGGCAAGGUUGUACUAUAUAUACUGAAAGACAUAGUUAAUUAUGUAUGGGUUAAGGAAGUUAUUAAUUUCGUUCUUCCAAGAGAGUUAGACAAUGUUACAUUAAAAAGAAAAACAAAGUUGUACAAACGUGUUGGUAUUUCUAGAGGCGUUAUUGUGAAUUUUUCUAAUCAGGUGAUUCUGUGUUGGAGGUGGUAUGACAAACAAAAUGGUGAAGUUAUACUGUUCUAUAACGUGCAUUCAAAGGAAUUGAAGGAAGCAAUACUUCCGGAAGUAGUAAGUUUUCAGUAUCCUUCCUGGCAUGACUUGUACGAUCCUCGUCAUGUUGGUUUUCCAUUUCCUUCUUGGCACGACUUUUACAUUUCCAGUCACGUAGAAAAUUCUCUUUCUUUAAGAACUUUGGCGACAGUGACGGGUGAUGGAAGAACAAGAGUACUGAAGGAAUCUGGAUAUAGGAGGUACCUUGGACGAGAACUUUUUGACAGUAUACCAAAAAGUAAUCCAGAAGUUAUUUCGAUCUGAAAAGCAACUAAUGUAUUUUUACUGUAUCAUAUGAAUUUAUCUGAUCCGUUUGAUAAUAAUGUUCAUCUGUUUCGUUAGUUCUCUAUGAAAUAAUA